AGAUGACUAUACCUGCCACGGAUUAGUAAUACACAUUUUGUUGAUUGCGUCAAUUUAUCGCUAUAGCUGCGCGCAAAAUACCAUGAAGGCUGCAAUUGUUAGGGGAAUACCAAUUGUUACAGUAAGGACAUAUUUAAUAUAGGCUCAUCUCAUCCGAUUUUAUAACUAUAUUUACUAAACGAGUCCAGAUCCAUGCCAGUUUAUGAUUAGCCGGACUGCUGCUAACUUGCGUAUAUUAUGUGCCUGUGGCUGUUGACUGCCUGUUUAGGGCUUUUGCCUCCGAAUGGUUCACCGCCUGCUACAAUCGUGGUGGUGCAAGGAGUUCCUACACCGAUACUUCAGCCUACGACGAUGCCGACGACCGUGAGCACUGCAGCCACCACUACGACGACGACGACAACCACCACAACUACUACGACAGCGCGCCCGACAACAGUAAUAACAGCUGCCCCUGUCACGACAACAACAAUGGCUGCUACGACAGCUGCGGCCACGACAACCACGACAACAGCUGCCCCUACAGCAACAGCACCAACUACGAUCUCCGGUAAUGUAACACCACCGCCAUUGACGACAUUAACACUAUCCACUGCAACGCCAUCCAUUACUUCAACUCCAUCGACUAAUAUAGUUCUAACAUCGACGUCUGGUGGAGAAAAUUUACCAGUUUUGCUUUGUAACAAUCCUGAUGCGAUAUGUGUUUCUAAUCCUGACGAAAACACUUCAGGGUCGUUCCAGAUCGAUCCACGGCUCGGCACCACUCCGGCAGCGAUGCAAGCUCCACUUAUAAUGGGAUAUACUGCGCAGGUUCCAGCGUUCGAUUCAGCUGUUAAAUUUCCUAGAGAACGCAGAAGCUUAAGAUACAAAUUAUUUGGAUUUGAAGAUGUAGUGAAAAGAGUAAAGUACAUGCAUGAUAGUGAACACCGGAUUCGUAAAAGACAAAGCUGCCGAUGUGUUCCAGCAGGCACUUGUGUUACAAGCUCCUCCGGUGCAGGGAUGAUUGACUUCAGAAUAGUGACACCAACAGCCGGACCCUGCCCUGCUGGCCAGCAAUACUGCUGUGGAAGUACUACAACAGCAGCAACAAUAGCUUGUGGCACAUUACAAACAGCGCCGGCCCCGGUCGUCAUGCCUGCCGCUGGUCAAGCUAGCUUUGGAGAAUAUCCUUGGCAGGCCUUAAUUCUUACAAAGCAAAAUGAUUACAUAGCUGGUGGAGUUCUUAUAGAUCAACUCAACGUUAUAACCGUUACUCAUCGUAUGUCACCUUACGUUGUUUCGGGAACGGCGCCGAAUGUAAAAGUCAGAUUGGGUGAAUGGGAUGCUGCCGGCACAUAUGAACCAGUACCUUUUCAAGAAUACACCGUCGCGAAAGUGUUUACACACCCAUCCUUCAAUGCAAACACUCUGCAGUACGAUAUUACAGUGCUGCGGCUGUCUUCCGCAGUGCCUUUUACCCCGACGGUUGGUUCUACAACAACCAUUAACAGGGCUUGCUUACCACCGGCCUCAACCGCAACAUAUACUGGUCAAAGAUGUUGGGUCUCAGGCUGGGGAAAGGAUAUGUUUGGUCUUCAAGGCCAAUACCAACAGAUAUUAAAGGAAGUAGACGUGCCGAUUGUCGCACCAGCUACUUGCCAAACGCAGAUGCAAACUGCACGCCUGGGCGCCACCUUCGUCCUCGACACCACUUCGUUUAUAUGCGCUGGCGGGGAGACGAGUAAAGAUGCCUGUACGGGUGAUGGUGGGUCAGGCCUCGUGUGCCAGGUGAACGGGCAGUGGGUGGUGGUGGGGCUGGUGGCGUGGGGGCUGGGCUGUGCCAACGCGAACGUGCCUGCCGCCUACGUCAACGUGGCCGCUCUACUCCCCUGGAUCCAGCAGCAAGUUGCUACAGCUUAAACCUUCGUACAUUUACCUCCAUUUCGCGUGAUUUACACUUACAGUUUUACAGUCGAGCUGAACAUACAAAACCCGUUAAGUGCAAGUCGGACUUGCACACA